GAACGAUUUUGGUAAUGUGAUGCCAGCUGAGCCUGUAUGGAGAUGCGGCCAUGACGGCUCAAGAGUUUCUUGAGGAAGACGAGGAGCCGCAGGAUGGCUGGCACUGGGCCAAGCUGCUGGUGGUCCGGGGUGGCCAGGGUGCCAUCAUGAAGCUGGCAGGCUGCAAGCAGAAGGCCUGGCUCCCACAAGAGCAGAUGAGGCCCAAGGUGACCCCCAGCGAGCAGGAGAUUUUGCGAGCGCUAGGCAAGCCGGUGAAGAUCUGGUUGGACACUGGCCUCCGGCACACGGGCCUUCCAGUCGCCACCAUGUGGAAAGAAGAUGAGGAGCAGGACAUCCGCAAGGCGAGGUACCGUAUGCGCACAGAGCGUGUGAAGGAGCUGCAGGCGCAGGACCCAAACCAAUGGCUGGAGGGCAAGGUCGCAUCGGUGAAGCCCUUUGGCAUCUUCGUUGACCUUGGUAGCGAUGUACAGGUGCUAGUUGGAACAAAACACAUCCCUGAGGAGUGUGUUCGAAUUCUGCCUGGUGGUCCGGAUGCUGGAUUCCAGAUGCCUGACUUCGAUCCUGGCAAUGAUGUUGAGCUCCGCGUGCUGGGCUACAAGGGCCGGAGUCGAAGCGGUCAGGAUCAGUUCAGUUGUACGAUGCUGCCGGUCCCGGUGAGGGGCAAAGGUGGCAAGGGCAAGGACCGCGAGAGGAAAGGCUCUGGGAAACAUGGAGGAAGCGAGUCAGGCUACUCGGUGUGGGCGCCCCACCGGCACCUGGAGAGCGAGACCACCUUGGCGCGGCAGGAGCACUUCGAGGUCACCGCCUUGAAGCCCGAGCUGCUGGAGGAGCAGUACGGGCAAAGAGAUCGGAGGGCAGCUUUGGCGAGGAAGGGCUUUGCCGUGGUGGACUAUGCCACGUCAAUGCAGCUGGCAGAGGUCUUCAAGGCGAAGUCUGAGAAGUCCGAGAACAAGCCGGAGGCUGCGAGGUCUAUGGCUGUGUGGCUGGUCUUUGAGAACAAGAGAAAGCAGAUCGGAACGAUCUGGACAUAUGCGUCCACGACUACUUCUGAGAAAGAGCGGCAAGCCGUGACGCUGGCGAUGAACCAGUAUGCGGAAGCCGUCCAGGCCGGUGCCAACAUCCAGAAGGUAGACGUGGAUUUUCACUGGGUGCAGAUCAAGCUGUUCACUGGUGGAGGGGUGUUUUAGCCCUCCACGGCGAGUGUUACGUGCACAGGCGCAGUUGCAAAAGCCGCAGACCUC